AUGAUAACAGAACCUAUUAGAACUGUUUAUAAGACACAUGGAUGUCUUGGAAUCAUAAGUUUACUAUCGGGUCCACAUUUGUUGACUAUUGCCGAGAGAACAGAAGUUGGUGCCAUUCGAGGCAAUGACAACGUCAUAUACCGAGUGACCAAGACAAACAUACAUCCAAUCUUAGCCACUCCAAUAGCAUUGACUGAUGCAGAGAGAUUGGAAGAGAAGAACUACUUGGCAAUACUGAAUAACAUGUUGGAGACAUUCUCAUUCUACUUCUCAUAUGACUUUGAUGUUACACAUACGGAACAACGCAUAUCGGACAUUGAAUGUUGUGUCCAAUCACAGAGUUCACCACUAUGGAAACGAGCUGACCAAAGGUUCUUCUGGAAUCAACAUCUCCAGAAGAAGUUCAUCGAUGCCGAAUGCCAUCCAUUCAUUCUCCCAAUCAUGGAUGGUCACAUCAAGAUACUCAACUGCGAAAUCAAUUCAAACAAGUUCAAGUAUAUAUUUAUAUCGAGGAGGAGUUGUAAGAGAGCUGGAGCUAGGUAUCAUAUGAGAGGCGCAGAUCCACUGGGCAAUGUAGCAAACUUUGUAGAGACUGAGCAGAUCGUUGUCUUUGAUCAGGUGCUCACAUCAUAUGUUCAGACCAGAGGUUCAAUACCCUUAAUAUGGAAACAGAAGCGUAAAGGACUAAAGCCAACUCCAAUACCAGGCAACAAUAUUCUAACUGACAGAGCAUUCACAUCACAUUGCGAUGAACUGAUAACAUUGUAUGGUCCACAAGUUAUGGUAUCAUUGAUUGAUCAUCAUGGAGGAGAGUCAACAAUUGGUAACAUGUUUGAGACUUAUGCCAAGUUGUCAAGACAUGCCAAUCCCACAGCCACAACAACAGCCACAUCCCCGGCCACAGAUACAAACACAACAGACAAAGACACAUCGACAAUGUUAAGAUACUACUCAUUCGACUUCCAUGAUAAAUGCAAGAACAAUCGAUAUGAGAACUUGAGCGAACUGUUGGACCUAGUGCGUCCACAUCUUGACAGACAUGGAUACUUGUUCAAGAGCACGGCGUGCCAAGCACCAUUGUUGCGCCAGGGCGGCACAUUCCGAACGAAUUGCAUCGAUUGCCUGGACCGCACCAACGUCUUCCAGAGCAUACUGGCACAUAGUAUGCUACACAAACAGUUGUCAAAGAUGGGUAUCAUCUCACCGUAUGAUCGCGUCGAGGAUCACGCGGCAUUUGAGUUGCUGUUCAAGAAUGUAUGGGCGGACAAUGCCGAUGUGAUGAGCCAGCGAUAUACGGGUACCGCCGCGCUCAAGACCGACUUUACACGCACAGGCAAGCGCAGUGUCAAGGGCACAAUGACCGAUGGCGUCACCUCGGUCAAGCGAUACAUCAACACCAACUUCAAGGACGACGAGAAGCAGCUGGCGCUCGACCUGUUCCUUGGCAAGCUGGUCGUUGAGAAGUGGACGUCCGACCAGCUGGCUGUCGAUGGCUGCGAGCUGGACGUCGAGUACCUGGUGGACGAGGAGGAACGCAUCAUUGUGUCGGCCGUCCUGUCUGUGCGCACGAUGGGAUCGACUGCGACUCGCUGCGUCUCUCUUUGGAUCCCCGAGAGUGGCCGGCGCAAGGACGUGCUGCUGGACAACAUCAUAUUGGUCGAGCGCAGCAAGCAUAACUACCGAUCACUCAAUCUCUAUCAUUUGGAAAGUGCAACGCCAGAGAUCAUCAUAUUCUCGACGUCUUUGGCGCGCGAACAAUUCAUUCACGAGCUUUAUAGACAUGGCGACGUGGGCCAUACACCCAGUCUGAGAAACUCCAACAGCCAGACGAUUCAGGCCGAAGCACUGGACUGUCUGGUGGUGUCGAUCAAUGUGGAUAGUCGGCCUGAGCGACUCGAUGUGUUGGCCUAUCUCCAACAACACAACAUACCCAAGGACAAGAGUGUAUAUUACAUAGCGGCACAGCGCAUCACUGACCAGGAGGAUGGCAAUGGACUGGGUGGACCGCCACUGACGGGCUGCCACGGCAACUGGUUCUACCAAAUACGUCGAUACUUUGGCCACGAAUACACAAUGGUCACGACAGCAACCUCGCCACAUACAGCCGCCAUUGUUCUGGUGCACAAGGAUCUGGCGUCCUACAUAUCCAACAUCACAGUCAGCUGUCUACUCAGACGAUUCUCCAACAAGAAGGUACAAAUACCAUCAUCAGACGCGUUGACAGUGCCUACUGAGAGCUUGACACCUGUCACGCCAACAUCAUCGUCACCUCCAUCAUCACCACCAAGUCCAAAUCUUGCACAAGGCAUGGAGGAGAUCGCCUCACCUCCAGCGUUGACCUCGUCAUCGACAUCAGUGCUGACCAGUAGCAGACUAAAGUUGUUGUCGAGGACUCAGUCAGUGUCACAGUUGUUCAAGUUUGGCAACAAGUUGAAGGAGACUGGUAACAAGCCAACGGAUGCAUUGAAGGAGUAUAAGAACAAGGACGUUCAAUUUGGAACUACCAUAUCAUUCAAGUUGAAGGAGACAUCAGUAUGCUUUGUCAAUCAUUGCAAUUGGAUGCCACUGUCUGUGGACGACCGCACAUCAGUUCUCUACGUCAAAAACAACGAGUAUCUCAACGUGUCCUAUCGCUACACCUUCUGGACUGGCGACUCUGAUGCGCAGUCCCUUGCAUCCAGUGAUUGGCAAAGCGUGGCAGCAACACCAUCAAUCCCAUCAGACUCUACUACCACUACUACAGAGUUGUCCAAUGGUAUCUACUUCAAGUCCCUACCAGAGGCCGAACCCCUGUCCGUCACUAGUGAUGCAGACUCGGUGUACACUGCCCUGCGCCUGCCACUCUUGUCGCCAUACAGUUGGAUGUCCAAUGCAGGCGUGCCAACAUUCAUCUUUAUCAAGUCACUGGUGGCCGAUCAGUUUGAUCUUCUGCCGCCUGGCACAAGACUGGACGCCUAUCUCGAGUUCAACGCGCUGCACCUGGUCAGCCAGGACAACUGUGAGCGCACAUCAAGUGUACGCUCAACAUUGCCCGUGUGGAGCGAGUCCAUUGAGCUGCGAUCAUUCAUCGAUGACAAGGAGUACCUCAAGACACAGUACAUACAGGUGGCACUCGUGUCCAAAGAGUUGAUGGAGUACACUCUUGUGGGCAAGGGCGCCAUCCCACUCAGCAAUGCAUGUGGAUCUGACCCAACGCCCUUCAAAGUCAACCUGUACUUGGAGGAUGAACUGGCGUGUCAGCUGCAAGGUGAGGUCCAGGUGUUCUCCAAGCACGAGGUGUGUCAACUGGUCGAGAAGGAAACAUUACAGAAGCAGGCUGCUGCUGCUGCCGCCGCCGCUGCCUCUAGUGAACCAACGGUGGUUUCGGACACACCAACACGAUCAUCCCCAUUGCUGUCCUUCAUACCAUACUUUUCAUCGCCAAGGUUCUCCUCGCCACAACUGUCACAGUCUACACAGGGUAUGUCACCGCCACCACCUUCGCAAGCCAACAAGACAGGCACAGCCACGCCAUCAUCACCAUUAUCCAAGAGUCAAUCGAUACUGUUUGGCAGCGUGCCCAAGUUCUCCAAAAUGAUGGAGAACUUUAGUGAACUCAAGUUCAAUCCAUUCUCAAGACGAACAUCUGCAUUACCAACUGUUGUAGUUGAUGGUGAUGGAGAUGAUGAUGUUACAGAUGAUGAAGACGAUGAUGAUGAAGAUGACGAAGAUGACCAAGAUACACCAUGCAGAUCUGAAGAUGAUACCUCAUCAAUAUGUGGUGUAAUGGAUGAUGAUGACAAUAUGUUGUAG